AGAGAGAGAGAGAGAGAGAGAGAGAGAGAGAGAGAGAGAGUAAAUUCAUUUUCUUAUUAUUGUUCCAAAUGGCAAUGAGAGGAGUUUCUUAACGAAACCAAUGUUCAUGAAUCGUGAAUGAUACAUCAUAAAAGUGGAUUUUUUUUAAAACCCCUAACUUCAAUUUUGGGGAAAAAUCUCAACUUCUGUUUUGUUUCUUUCUAUAAGAAUUUCCUUUCCCUUUUUCCGUUUCGUCGAAAUUCAAUCUUUGUGAGAGUUACCUUACGGAUUCGUGAGGUUUUAAAAGCAGGAGUGUCGCGUGUGAUGAAAAUGAGUUCCUUUUCAUAAAAAAUAAAAGAAAAUUAGGGAUUUUGAUUAUUUUUGUGUUUUCCUGGAAAAAGUUUGGGUUUUUUUUUUCCGGAUAAGAAAAAAAAAAGUUGGAGGGGUCUCUGUGGGAUAGAGAUAGUUUUGGGUUUUAAUAAAGGAGAAGGAGCGUCGAAGAAAACAAUAGACAAAGAAUUAACAGAAGAGAGCGUCAGAGAGAGAAACGAAAGACGACCAAAAAUUUUAAUGGAAGAGACAACGAAGAAGAAGAAGAAGAUCGUUAAUAACGAAGAUUCCAAAAAGAAGGAGCGUCAUAUUGUCACUUGGACACAAGAGGAGGAUGAUAUACUAAGGAAGCAAAUCAGUUUACAUGGAACUGAAAAUUGGGCGAUCAUUGCAUCCAAGUUCACUGAUAAGAGCACAAGGCAGUGUAGAAGAAGAUGGUACACAUACUUGAACUCUGAUUUCAAGAGAGGAGGCUGGUCCCCUGAAGAAGAUACACUUUUGUGUGAGGCACAGAGAUUGUUUGGGAAUAGAUGGACUGAGAUAGCAAAAGUGGUCUCAGGCAGAACGGAUAAUGCUGUGAAGAACAGGUUCACAACACUGUGCAAGAAGAGAGCUAAGUAUGAAGCUAUUGCUAAAGAUAAUAGGAUUGCUUGCUGUGUGAACUCAAACAACAAAAGAAUGUUGUUCCCAGAUGGUAUCAGUACACCACGGAAAGCCGAAAGUGAAUCCCCUCUUGCUAAGAAAAUGAGGAGAAGUCACAUUCCAAAUCAUACAGAGAUCCGUAGCUAUGGGGAUAGGUCGCAUGUAAAGGUUAAAUCGGGUGUGAAUCAGCAAAUAAGACCUCCAUUUUCAGUACUAGCCGACAAUGCCACAAGUGUUGACAGCACAGAGAAGCAGAUUCAAACAGAUAGUGCAAAAGAGAGCAAUGGUAAAGAGAGCAAUGGUGAGCAUAAAGGUAAUCAAGAGGUGUUUCUUAAGAAGGAUGAUCCAAAGGUAACAGCUUUGAUGCAACAAGCCGAGCUUCUCAGUUCAUUGGCCCAGAAAGUUAAUGCAGAGAACACGGAACAAAGCAUGGAGAAUGCCUGGAAGGUCCUGCAGGAUUUCUUGAAUAAAAGUAAAGAGAAUGAUAUAUUCCGUUAUGGAGUUCCAGACAUGGAUUUCCAAUUCGAGGAAUUUAAGGAUCUUGUUGAAGAGUUGAGGAGUAGUAAUGAAGAUAGUCAAGCAUCUUGGAGGCAACCUGAUCUCCAUGAUUCACCAGCAAGCUCUGAAUAUAGCUCAGGAUCAACCGUAAUGCCGUAUCCUUCCGGUGAUAAAUCCCAGCAACCCAUGUCUGAUUCUCAGACAACAACGCAGGAACAAAAUGAUGGGGAGUUGCUACAAGAUAAAGCAAUGGUGUCUGAUGCAACUGUGAUGGUGUCUGAUGCAACUGUGGAACAAGUGGAUUUACUCUCAACUUGUCAUGAUGUCCUAAAGAACCCUAAUGAGAUUGUGCCUAUGUCGGGUGAAGAAGAGUUUAACUCGCCUGUUCAAGUCACUCCAUUAUUCAGAUCUCUAGCAGCAGGCAUCCCAAGCCCACAAUUCUCUGAAAGUGAGAGGAACUUUCUGCUAAAAACACUCGGUGUUGAGUCCCCAUCUCCAUUUCCAAGUGCUAAUCCUUCACAACCACCCCCUUGCAAAAGAGUCCUACUCGAUAGCUUGUAAACCAAACCAAAUCAAACCAAACCAAAGCUCUAAACCAAAAAAAACAUCCUUAAAACCGCGGUUAUGUCUCCAUGGAGUCGACAUAACUUGCAAUUUUCUCCCUCCUUUGCUUAGAUUUUCUUCAUAGGUUUGCAGCCAUAUCGGCCUGAAAAGUUUUAGUGAAGCGGGCGUGCCAUGAUCUGCAUUUUUUUCCCUCAGUGUUCAUAAUCUAGAAUCUAGAAUGUUAAAGGUAACAUUUCUAAGUCUAGACAAAUCUCAGAAACUGAGUCUCUCUCUCAGAUGCUCAGGAUUCCAAUCUUUGCUCACUCAUUAGGAGAGUUUUCUCUUAUCAUCAUACUCAAAAGCCACUUCAGAAAAAAGGGCUAAAAGUAUGUGUUUCUUUCUUUAUUCAUGAUUUGCGUGUUUAAGAGAAGAAAAAUUCUUUCGUUUGUCUCCCUCUUUAAAGGGCAAACCCAGAUACAUAAUCCGGGCUUGUUCCUCCCCCCCAUGAAUUCUUGAUUUGUUGUUUUCUUGAUUCUCUGUACAGAACCAAUAUAUUACAUAAAAAAAUAGAGUUUUUGUUUCAGAGUGUAAACUAAGGAAAAAGAGAAACCAUUUCAGAGAGGCAUCUCACCUUUCUAUAUACAGUAAUGAAUAGGAAACAGACAGAAGAAGAAAAGAUAAACCCAAGACUUUCAUAUGGUUUUGGAGAGAAGAAAAAAAAAACUUUGCUUUCAAUUUUAUUUCUGUAUCAACUUCUCAUAGGUGUGAGAAGAUGAAAACAGAAAAAGGAGAUUUCUUGUUUGCUAUAAAAACCCUUUCCCUUUGUUUCCCUCUCAGGAGAUUCAUGUGACUUGUAAAGAGAUUAUAUGAAUGGAAAAUGAUUUGAUUUUGGUGUGAA